AACGCGGGCUGGCAGGAGGAGGGCACUGCUGCCAUUCACACCAAGAGGACUUUGUAAAUAUUGAGGUGUCAUUAGUAUCUAUGUCUUGCAUAUCCCCCCAGGAGCAAUGCAGAUUUCCACAAGGGCUAUUAUUCUGACACGUAAGAACGGACAUAUUGCGUCAGACCAAUGGUUCAUCUAGCCUAGUAUCCUGUCUUCUGACAGUGUCCAAUGCCUGGUGCCCCAGAGGAAAUGAACAGAACAAGCAAUUAUUGGAAGUUGGAAGCUAGGAACACAGAGCAUGGGCUUGAAUACCUGCCUAUCCUGCUUCGACUCCCUUCUCUCCAGUGUCUGCUGUGGGGAGAGGCUGUUAGCGGCCUGCAGCCAGCACACCCUGUCCUACACCACUCCCUGCAGCGACUGGCACAGGGAUCUCCUCCACUGUUAUGAUGAAGCCCUUCUGGAUGAGACCAGUAACCAGAGCUCCUUGUCGGACGUUUACCAGCUCAAGGUCGACAGCAGCCCAAACUCGAGCCUCAGCCCCCAACAGAGCGAGUCAAUGAGUCCUGCACAUACGUCCGACUUCCGCACGGACGAUUCGCAGCCACCUACGCUGGGGCAGGAGAUCCUGGAAGAGCCCUGCUUGCCUUCCUCGGAAGUUGCAGAUGAGCCUCCCACUCUCACGAAGGAGGAGCCUGUCCCUCUUGAGACUCAGGAAACUGAAGAGGAGGAUUCUGGGGCGCCGCCUCUGAAGAGGUUUUGUGCUGAUCAGAACUCUGUGUGCCACACAGCCUCGGAGAGCUAGGGAUGGGCCCCUCCCGCCAGCUCCCCACACCCCGCUGCAGAGCCCUCUCCUGGGACAGGCCCCUCCUGGCAGCCCCCGCAGAGCCGGCCCGCCCUCCCCAGGGACACGGGCCCCUCCCGCCAGCCCCCCGCAGAGCCGGCCUGCCCUCCCCAGGGACGGGCCCCUCCCGCCAGCCCCCCGCAGAGCCGGCCUGCCCUCCCCAGGGACGGGCCCCUCCCGCCAGCCCCCCGCAGAGCCGGCCUGCCCUCCCCAGGGACGGGCCCCUCCCGCCAGCCCCCCGCAGAGCCGGCCUGCCCUCCCCAGGGACACGGGCCCCUCCCGCCAGCACCCCACAGAGCCGGCCUGCCCUCCCCAGGGAUGGGCCCCUCCCGCCAGCCCCCCGCAGAGCCGGUCUGCCCUCCCCAGGGACGGGCCCCUCCCGCCAGCCCCCCGCAGAGCCAGCCCGCCCUCCCCAGGGACGGGCUCUUCCCACCAACUCCCCGCAGAGCCAGCCUGCCCGCCCCCGGGACUGCCCGCCCGGC